AUGGAGAAUGGAUCGAUCCUUAGCGUGUUAGAUAAUUUGCAUUCUACCAAGACAAAGGAAAGAAAUGCUGCACUGGAUGAACUUACCUCGACGUUGAAACAGACGCCCGAUCUGAUACCUACCAAGACACUCGCUUCAACGUGCGAAACUCUAGUUGAAUUGCUUGAUGAUGAGCAUAGGAAGUACUGCAAUCUACUAGCCACUGUGAAUGACUCCUCAGUCGGGAAGAUGUCUCUCAGCGAGAAUAGAUUAUCAUCGGCGGCUUAUGUGCUCAGGUUGUUUGUCGAAAAGACGUGUUCCAGAUUCAAGUUAAAAACCCUGCGAUUAUUACCGGCAGUGCUACCAGAACUCAUGGUGAAACAAAACUCCAAGUCUCUGUUAGAACCAAUUUCGGUUCAUUUGACUUUUGCAUUAUAUGCGCUGAUCAACAGUAGAAUAUUCCAAUUGAAACUGGCAUUGCAUCAAUGGGUCUCUCUGGCAGAGACAAUUUGUCAUUAUCUCGAAGAAAGACUAGACGUAUCGCUUGUUGAUAGGAAUAUAUCAAACUUUAUUUCCAUUUUGGACUCCUUACUUAGCAUGGAUUGCGUUGGAUUAUCUCAAGUAUCACAAACAAUCCAUCGAACACUCAUGAAAUACUUACAACGGAUCAAGAAACAAGAUACCAAUACAAGGCUAGUGAUCAGCGUAAUCAGUCAACUUACGUUGAAAACUCAUUGUUUCAAUAUCAUGGAUACACUAAGAUUAAUCAAAGAAACUUGGAGACAACUAAUCGUGAUCGAUGUCGCCAUGAAUGAGCCUAUACAGAAUGAGCUGUCAUAUUUGGAUAUCUAUGCCAAUGAUUUAAUUUUCAACAAUAUACCUAGCAUGAUUGGGAAUGAGGAAGCCGAAUUUGAAUCAUACGAGAUUUCCCUUAUUUCCAUCUGCCGAGAAUAUUUGAUUACGAGACUGACUGGUUUUAAGUCAUCAACCUUAUCUAUCGCUGGCGUGAAGUUCUCCAGCAAUCUCAGUGAAAAAGUGUCCUUCUUUGAAUUUGAUGAUUUUAAGCUCAAAGAAUCUGCCGAUAUUUACCCAUGGCUUAGAAUCAUGAGUAUAACAAAACUUUUGAUUUCAUAUUUCAAGUUAUUGCAGCGAAACUCAGUAGAGCGACAGCUUUUCAAAAGGCGAAAAUGUGAAUCGAACCUACCAUCUAUUCUGCGCAACUCUCAGACUUUAUCGAGCUUUUUGUGCGAUAGUCUGGCCAGUGGCAACAAUGAAGUAGAAAUAGUCUCACUUCAAAUCACAGCUUUUGCUGCAGCUAUGCACGAUAUAGAUGGAAACGACUUGGCGGAUCUUCUCGAAGUAAUCAUGUCAAAAUUCGAGAACGUCGGACUAACCAAAUGGGUAUGCUUUGCUUUAAUUCCAAUUUUCACUCAAAAAGAUCUGGUCGUGACUGAUGAAGGAGUGAAUCGGAUAUUUAAACUUUGCCUUCCCUUAAUCAAACAGCCAGAGUUUUGCUCAGUCAGUUGUGCGCUCCUCACGGUUGCUAUGAAACACUCAAACUGUGAGAUGAGCGAUAUGACAACGAUCAGCCAGGUCUCCAGCAUAUAUGAGUUAUCGGACGUCAACGGUCCCAGCUCACCAUGCAAUGAGGCUUUCGUAUUUUGGGAAAGUCUUCAGAUUCACGGAGCAGAGCUUGGGUCCCUUUCCCUUAAGGCCAUUUCGAGUAAGGUAGUCGAUUGGUUGAAAUCCAAAUGGGAUCUUUUGAUAGUUCCCCAAGAAGACCACGACAGAUUCUACGAGUUCCUUGCAUGGUUAUGCGAUAGGAAAAGGUUCGGUGCAAGGUUGACGGCACAAGUUAAAAAUUUUAGAACUUACAAUUGGAAAGGAUCCUGGCGGGAAAGGUACUGCAGAUGGAUUGACCAACAUGAAACUCGCUCCUUCAUCCUACAGGAAGAAGCAAUGUACAAAUCGAUCAAGGAAUGCAGCAAAAUCGAAAGGUUUGGCAGUAUCAUAGUAGAGAGAAUAGUCAUUGGCGAUAUUUUGUACCGCUUGCUGGAGCUGAUUGAAGGAGAAAACGGACUAAAUUCAGUCUCAAAAUUCAAAUGGGUUUGUCAAGUGCUGAAACUUGCUGCCUAUUUAGCAGGAGACUCUAACUAUUUGAACUAUCUACUAGACUUCAAGAGAGCCGCGUCAACUGCAGUGAAUUCGAUUAGAUUUACUGAUAAAAAUCAGUAUAAAAGUUUCUUCGAGGAUGUUUCAUCUCUUGAGGUGCCCCCUGUUAUACAUCUUGUUUUCGAAGGUCUUCCCAUGAACAGAAUCAUAAAUGAAUUCAAGCAGCUAGUUAAUCAGGACUAUGAGAAAAAACAUUCGGAUCAACCAAGGAUUCUUCCAUCAAUCGAUGGGGAGAUUUCUAUCACGGAGGCAUAUGCGAGCAGUAACAUCACUGGCCAAUCAAUUUUGGCGUUAUCUGUCAAGGCCCUUUUGCAUGUUUUACAGAAUAAAGAAGCAGGCAGCUCUCUUGAGAACUGGGAGUUUCUACUGACGUACGUGGAUAAUUUUGGCACGGAGAACUUCAUCUUAUGUCUUCCACCCAUUACUAGUUGGGUUGCAAGUGAGUACCAGAAGUGGCCAUCCGACGGCCACUAUUUAGAGCGUUUCACAGAAAUUUUGAGUGACCAUCUAUUACAAGGUGACUUCAGCACGUCCAGCGUUGCUGUUUAUCAUGUAUGCUCUUACUUGGCCGCCAUUAGGAACGCAUGGUUAGAAACUGUUGACAGUCCUCUCAAUGCGGACUGCAACGACAUUCUAGACUGGAUCAUAUUACGUUUUGAAGAUACAGCUUUUUGUGGAAGGCUUGCAGUAAAGGGAUUUUCAAAGCUUUUAUUGCUUAUGUUGAGAUACCAUGACCUUUCUCGCGGUUACGUCAACGGCGGCAAACAAAGAAUAUUUGCAGCUUUUUCCAGGUCACUGCGGACUUUGGAUAUUCUUGAUGUAGUGAGCGAACUUCGCACCGUUGCUGAAUACAUGGUGAAUCUUAGCCAUAAGAACCAGUGCAUACUAUUUUCCGAGAUUUCUGCUCUAUUGGAUACUCCUCAACAAAGUAUCAAAAUGUCCGCUAUGUAUGCAUUAGGAAUGUUCAAAAUAUCGUCUACUUCCCACACCAAUUUGAUUUUGACUGUAAAGGACGUUAUACACUACACCGGCUUUCAACAUACACGCGUGUAUAUCACUUCAGCGAUUAAAAAGAUGGCAUCGCAUCUAGGUCUCACGGAUGUUCUACAGGUUUUUAAUAUCUGCAGUUACGAUAUCAUAGCUCAGUGGUUGGAUAAUUCUUCCAACAAGAAUAAAAACCUAUCAGAUGUAUGUGACAUUGUAGUUUUCGGUUUUAAAGAUCUACCUCAAUUCUUCCGCCUUUAUACUGCCGAGUUAGUUGCGAUGUAUUUUGCUCGGUCGCCCAAUAACUCCUCUAUUUUGAGCGAACUUGUCAAGAUGGCGGGCAGAAGCAAACGUCAGUUGUUUUUAGACUACUACCACUUGAUUGUCCCGCUCUCAUUUGUCACAGGCGGCAUUGGAGAGGCCAUAUACGACGUGGCUCAAAACUUGACUGGCAACUCAUUCCUUAAAACACAGAGCCAGCUUUUACUCUAUCGGUGGGUCUUGCGAUUUCUGGAUCUCGGUUCCAAUUACGAGACAGGCACAAUAAUCGAGAGUUUUCGUCCACAGAAUCUUCGAGUGAAAGAAUUGUAUAUUUCUCAUCCUAAUGAGCUGCGAUAUCAGUACCCGCUUCAUAUUCCUCUCGCCACAGGAAUGGGCUUACUCAGACAAAUGUCAGAAAGGCAUUCUUUUUGCAAGGAAGACCUACAUUUUUUGCUCAUGUGGAUUUUGAGUGAUUUGACCAACUCAUUAGAUUUGUUAGACAAAUUACGAUGCAUACGGCAGAUAAAGUUCAUAUUAGCCAUCAACGAAGAAGUUUUGGCUUCUAUUACUUUUGUACCGAAUUUGUUACCUCCACUCUGCAGCUAUCUUGCUGAGAGUAAACUGCACAAUGAAAUCUCUGAUAUAAUUGUUGUUUUACUGCACAUUUCCAGAGAUAAUAAGCUCGAUAUCGCCGACGAGCUGUUACAACUUUUCAGUCAUGUCCUUAUGAUGAAGAGGGGACUCUGUGAGGAAGUAAGUCGCUCUCUUAAAGAGGAACUUAAACAAACGACCAAUUGUGCUGGAAGGUUUAAGAGAACAUUAAGGUAUUGUAACGAUGCUAUCGAGAGUAUGACUUUGAGCACAGAAGUUUACAUGAAUAACGAAAUUUUGGAAACUGAAAGCUGCAAUAAAAAUAGCAUUCUUUUGCUAUCGUUAUUAUUUGACUGCGCUCAAAAGCCAUAUCAUAUUGUAUUUGAUGAGCAGCCUAGCAUGCUAUCAGUGCAAAACCUUUUAAAAUUUGAGGUUCCUAAAGAUGUGGCAUCAGAAAAUUUCCAACUUUGGUUAGCUUAUUACCUGAGUGCUUUUAAUGAAACAAAUUACGCAAGGCUCCUCGAUACGAAGCGAGAUAUCUAUUUGGCAAGCAACUACGACAAACUAUUCAAUAAUUUUGGCUCGCUUGAAUGCUUAAUCGAUAACUACCUGGCCAUUGAAGAGCGCUCUUUGCUUUUAGAGUCCUGUUCUGUGAAGUUUUUCUGUCAAACACUAACAGCGCUCUUCCUCAAUAAUCCUAAGUAUGAUGACGAGAAGGCACUUGUAAUCAAAAAAAUGAUUCCUCCAGAAAAGUGCGGAAACGAUUGCCUUCUCAUUACCGACCAUGUAUUCUCAUCGAUACAUAAUCAGCCGGAAAAGAGUAUGUCGGAUAUGCAACAUUUUUUGAGAAAUGUGUUCCUAAUUGAGAAAAUUCCAUAUUUUGAAUGGUUGAUACAGUUCAAUACAGCUUUGCUGCACCAUGUCACUCAGAGUGUCCCUAACUGCAAUUUAUUUCGUCCAUUAUUAAGCAAGUCGAACUCUUUUGCACAAAAUGCACUACCGAUACUUUUUAAUCUGUUAAUCUGCUAUGAUCACAAAACUGCUUUUGAGUGGAUUCCAGAUCUAUUCACAUAUAUGCUGGAAUUACUCAAAUGUGAUGACAGUCAUGAGAAAAUCAAAUCAUGUUUAUGUAUCGUGAACAUGCUAAUGACAGGGAAAAGACUGGAAGAGCGCCGUUCGACUUCCUGCUUCUCUCGUUUGCCCCUCAAGAUUAUAUGCGAGGCUGCUAUUAAAAGCGGACAGAUUACGUUUGCCUACAUGGUAUACGAAAUGUUGUAUAUGACUGAAGCAUCUCACCUAGACAUAGAGCUCUUGCGUACCAUAUAUGAGUCUCUUGGUGACGUUGAUCUACUUUCAGGACUACCGGCUCCUCACAGCCUGAUAGGCGCAUUGCAUUUUGUUAGCGAAAUAGAGCCCAAGACUCAGAAGAACUUCAUGUUCAACAACGCCGUUCUAGACGCUCAGUUUCCCGCAAGCGAUUUUAUUCAACGUUCUAGCCUCCUUAAGGCUACGGAAUAUCAAGGUUACUAUGGUAUUGCCAACUGUUUGAGCAAAGAACAACCUCUUUCCAAAAAUAUAGCUUAUGAUUACAAAUGGGCCUUACAACUGAGCAGGUGGGAUCUUCCAACUCCACAACGAAUAGAUUCGAAAGAAAAAAGUCUCUACCUCACUCUCAAAAAAAUAUCCUACGAUGCUCCACAUCCGUCUAAAACAAUCCAGGACUCACUAGUCCAAGUUGUGGAAUGUAAGAAUGAUUUCGAAACCCCUUCAGAAUGGGUCGAAACUAUAGCAGAAAUGGCACUUUUAAAGGAAUUAUCUGACUGUAUGUCAAACCCUGAAAAUUUGGUAGCGACUCUUCGCAAGACCAUCGACUUUGAUAGAAGAGCAUUGUACGUCCAUGACUUCAGCGAUUACAAGUCAAACAUCCAGUCUAGGUACAUGCUUUCCAAACUUUUGUUGAAUAGAAGUGAUGAGUUUCCCUCGAUUUCUUCUGCCGACCUUACAAUAUGCACUGGGGCCCUUCUUGCUAAUUAUGUGCAACUUGCCGUCCAGGAGAAAUGCCCUCAAGACGCUUUGAAAAAUGCGGUUUUACUGGAUUCUUUGGAAUCAGAAGGAAAUUCAUCUGUCAAACUCGAGAGGCUUCGAUCUUAUGUGUCUGCUAUUGCACUGUGGGAGUGUAAUGACGUCAAAACCCCAGUCUUGAUAAUGAAGGACUUGUUUAAUGACAAAAGCAACAAUGCAGUAGCCGAAAGAUCAUUGAACGAGUUAACCGAGGUAUCUAAUGAUGAAGUGCAAGCGCUUUUAGUCAAAUGGAGUUCAAAAUCACGUAUCGAAACUCCUUCAACAAUUUAUGAGAAUUAUGUGAACCAUUUUGAAGCUUCAAUUAAGAGUCAUGAUUCAAGAGCAGAAGUGUUUUACAUCAUGGCAGAUUUCCUGGACGGCCAAGUAAAGAGACUGAGGGACCAGGGAGAGAUUGAGGAAAGGCAAAAAAGAUGUGAAAAAGGUUCGGAGGAGUUGCAGUCCCUAGCCACCAUCUAUAUGAACACUAAUGUUCCGGAUAACGAACGAAGAGACGCUAAAAGACACCAUGGUCGCGUGGCUCUUCAGUUGAGCAAUGAUAAGGAAAUUUUGAAUAAUUUACUCGUGCAGCGAGUUCAAUUUGUAUGGAGGGCGCUUCACUACUUCAUCAAUACCAUGGUAUUCACUAACAAAUAUGACAAUGAUGUACUGGACAAAUUUUGUGGUUUGUGGUUUGAACAUGAUGGGGAUGACUCAGUAAAUUCACUUCUAAGGAAGGAGAUUGGUAUGAUACCGAGCUGGAAGUUCUUGCCCUGGGUGAACCAGAUUUCCUCUAAGUUGUCCGUAGAGGAGACGGAAUUUCAAAAGCCAUUGCAGCUAACUAUGAAACGAUUACUUUUCAAGCUGCCAUAUCAUUCUCUAUACUCAGUUUUGAGUAUGAAGCUCUAUGAAAGACAUUCGUUUACGACAGAUUCGAUCAUUCCUCAGAAAAUCAAAGCAGUGGACAAAAUAUUGAAUGAGCUUCAGGGAUACGAUAGCGGAAGUUAUCACCGUACGUAUGUGGUACCGCUUCAAGAUUUCUGUGGGAUGUCUGUCGACCUUGCAAAUACCCAGCCUCCGAAAUCUGCUACCAGCUCAAAAAAGAUACAUCUUAAAAAUGUAAGGAUGGGGGAGUACUGGCUCAGCCAAUUGCCAAAUCAAAAGAUUCCUUUGCCCACAAUAAAGUGGAAAAUCAAAUCUUCUAACGACGGAAAGGCUCCGGUAUCCUACAUCGCUUCCGUUGAUGAGACUGUGGAUAUAUCUACCACAGGGCUUUCACUGCCAAAGAUUGUCACUUUUACCUUAUCCGAUGGAUCUCGACAUAAAGUGUUGAUGAAAGGUAGUAAUGAUGACUUACGGCAAGACGCAAUUAUGGAACAAGUAUUCCAACAGGUUAAUGAUGUCUUACAACAUGACAAGCAGAUGCGCAAGCUGGACUUGAACAUCAGUACCUACACUGUCAUUCCUCUGGGCCCGCGAGCUGGUAUAAUAGAGUAUGUGACGAAUUCUCUGUCCCUACAUCAAAUUCUGUCAGUAUUGCACAAGAAUGACCCAGUGUCGUUCAAUCAAGCUAGAAAAGAGAUGAAAAGUGUUCAGACACGGUCCAACAAUGAAAGAUUACAAACCUACAUUAAACUCACUCAAGAGAUCAAACCACAAUUACGAAACUUCUUCUUCGAUUCUUUUCCAAACUCUGAUGACUGGUUUAAUGCAAAAAAAACCUAUACUAAAGGUAUAGCCACCACUUCCGUCGUAGGCUACUUAUUGGGAUUGGGGGAUCGUCAUUUGAAUAACAUUCUAUUAGAUCAUCAUACUGGAAAACCUACUCAUAUUGAUUUAGGAAUAGCUUUCGAUCAAGGAAGACUGUUGCCGAUUCCCGAAAUGGUUCCUUUCAGACUGACCAGAGACAUUGUCAACGGCUUUGGAGUUACAGGUGUGGAAGGACUUUUCAGGAGGAGUUGUGAGCAUACGUAUGCCGUCUUGAGAGAGAACUAUGAGAAAGUGAUGCAUGUUUUGAACAUUUUGAAAUGGGAUCCUCUAUAUUCAUGGGUUAUGUCGCCAAUUAAGAAGCACAAGCAUUUAUUAGAAACUGAAAGCCAAGAUUACUCAAAUGUAGCUUUCGGUAGUGAAGGCUCUAAAACAGAAUCAAAGGAAACAGAGCAAAACCAGCAAUCUUAUCGAGCUUUAAAAGGUGUCGAAGAGAAAUUAAUACGGAAUGGUCUAAGUGUCGAAGCAACAAUUCAAGAAUUGAUACAACAGGCAUCCGAUCCUAGAAAUUUAUCUGUCAUAUAUAUGGGCUGGUCACCAUUCUACUAG